AUGUAUGUCUUCCUACAUACGGCUUUGAGGCCACCCAAGCCAAAAUGUGCCUUGCGUUGGGUGCCGAAGAAGCGUGAGAGACUUUUCUAUCAAUUGAUGCUUUCUGGUCAUCCUACUCUUGAUCCGAUCAUUAUAACUGGCAAAGGUGUUCUAACCAUUGGUGAGGAUAAAUUGAAAUCACCGCAAGCCGUAUGUACUCUUCUUCACAAACACAAGAUGGUGCUGGAUGAGUUGCUAGAUAAUCAGUUCCGAAAUAGGAAAAGUUCACGCUGCAAUCUACAUUCGUUGGACUCAUUUCGGUCGCGCCCAUUUUCUGAAACAUGGAGAGAUGUAUGGAACUGUAUGAAACAACAAUGCAAGGAUGAGUUAGCUGUGAUUGAGGCUUCAGAACUUCAUACCACUCUUGAUGGUUAUCUGAAAAAGCAUAAGUUUUGUCAAGAGUGUCGGACAAAGGUGGAAAAGGCAUAUUCUUUAUUGGUGGAUGAAAGCAAUCCUGCUAAGGAAAAAGGAUAUGUUCCUCAUUUAUACUCUGGAAUCAAGCGUUGUCUGUCCGAUAAGCAUAUCCAUCUGCAGACAAAAUUGGAAUAUAUUGACAGCCUGAUCAAACGUGCGGAACCGGAACUCAGUGGAAGAAAUUCUAGGCAUCGAGAGCGACAUGCAAAAACCCUAGAAAUUGCACAAGAAGAGGUUUUAACAUGCAUUGGUAUGUGUCUUUAUGAAAGGCUGCGUCGUAUAAGUGUUUGCCUGCGUGAAGAAGAAAAUGCUUGCCAAGUCCUAGCAGCUGUAGCAGUGCAUGCAUUGUGUCGAAGUUUCGAUAUGGCAGUUGAGAAUAAGCAAGGGAUUAGCAAUUUAGAGCUUUUGUAUGAAGAAAUAAGUCGCGAAGAACGUUCCAAAGAACUAAAAAAGGAGCAAAAGAAAUUAAAGAAGCGAAAGAAGCGUAAUGAGAAAAAACUCACGGACAGCACGGCAGAAUGUGAUGCUGUCAAUGUUUCCGAAAAUUGCUCAUGUUUACCAGAUGACAUAGAGGAAGACGAUAGAGAUGAUCGUAUUAUACUUUGCGACGGGACUAUCAUUGAUGCAUCCCCAAAACCGUUCAUUACAUUGAACAAAAGCGAGACUAGUGUUACGAAAUCAAAUGUCAUCACAAAUGGAUGUAUCUCAUGCCAAGAUUCCGCAACCACGAAUUUCUCCCCCAGUAAUGUGUGUACCCGAGCUUCUAUCGAUGGGGGCUACUCAUCUGAGCCUCUUCAUACAGAAUCUUCACACAUGUCCUCAAACAUCGAUUCCACAACGUCUAGUUUGGUUAGUACUCCGGAAGGAUCAGAGGUGGCAUGUUCAGAGGGUUUUUGUAAUCAUGGGGGAUUGACGCAUUCAAAAAUUAAUUCUUCACUAAUGCAAUGCAAUAACGGUAUCGGAACUUUACAAUCAACAAGCUUCAAACAAAAUUAUUUUCCGGGACUUCCAAUGACAUUACAGGAAAUGCUGGAUAAAUCAUCGACUGAAGAUGACGAUGCUGAAAACGAUUUCAUCCCUAAUGAAUGUAUAUUGGAAUUCAAAUCCCGCAGCAAUGCUAUAAAACAACAAAGGGAGGCUCUUCGCCAACAACUUUUGAACAAUUUUAAACGGUUAUGCGUCAACCAUUGCAAACAGGAGCAAUCAGAUAAAAAUCCUAACUAACUAAGACAUUUUUUACUAAUAAUUUGAUUACAAUGUCUGAUAAUUAAACCGUUAUUUUCAAUAAAAUGAUGUAGAGGCAGAACGCUUCGUAUAGAGUAA